CUCGCAGAAGUGGUCAGUGUGAUUACCAUGCUUGUUAUCAACAAUUUGAGACGUUCCUGUGCCUUGGCGUGCAUCAGGCAGAGAUAACGAUUCCCUCAUAUGGUCUUCAUCAAUGGAAAUCUUCAUUCUUCAAGGAUUUAGUCUAAAGAUAUCUCAUUAUCUCAACCUUGGCAAUAGACGACGUCUUCUAGUUAUUUUCACAUAUACUCCCUCAAGCUGUCUACCUCUCUGGCGUCAACCAUACGUCAGGCAAGAAGCGGGACUAUUCUCAGUCGUGUAAAGAGUGCUAAAAUACUUCGCUGUAUAUCAUUUCUAUCUCGCAAGCUUGCCGAGGACUAGCGUUUAAAACGUGCACAAAGCUACCAUAUAUUGGACAUAUUGGAUUGGAUUGGGCUCUCUGUAAACAAACACACUUGCAUUCCUCGUGAAUCAGAUUUCUGGCUGAAUUGGACUCGAUUGGCUGUUUAACGGUGCAAACGCUAGAUCCAUUCCUUACGACAUUGAAUGAAAUCUAUUUCGUACUGGAUUUGACGAUAAUCAUAAGUGAUCUAUAUCACCAUAUAUUUCUAAUCUUUGUACAAAAUUUACGUGUGGAUUGGUUGGAACUAUCUGUCAAAGAAACGCAAGCUACCUUUACUGUAUGCUAUAUUAAAGUCGUAUGUCUAGUGCUAUUUAAACCUUCAGUGCAACUUGGUAGAUUCUCCUGAAUACCUAGAAGACAAUUUGGUAUUCUGUAAAAAAUCCUUCCGAGUUUCGACACGGACCUGUGUUUCAAAGGGGACAACGUGAGUGUAUAUUUGGUAAACACAUAAAAUCUUCAUAGUCCAGAUAACUUGCAGAGUUGAUAACUUGCAGUGUUGAGCUUAAGACAAUAGUAGUUGAAAUAACUUCUUGAUUUAAAAGAGGAUCAGAACUGCAUUCUUCCUACUUAUUAACUUUAGAAGGUGUCUUAUUAACAGCAUCCUUUGAGAGGGAUUUGCACAUUUUUUUACUCGGAAACAGUGAAAUAGCCUACAUUAAUUUUUGUUACGAAAUCAAUAGGCAUAAUCCUUGCAAAAACUGCGUGAAUUCUGACCGAGUGUAAUAACCUGAACUCUGACUUUUUAUUUCUCGCAAAGCCUAGCCUCGUUGUGAUACCAAUCUAUAUCAAAGAGAAUAUUCGGUCAAGUGGUUUUAAGAUAUAUUAUGGCUAACCUAUUGAACGGUUCGACAUUAACAUUAGUCAAUACAACUUUAAAGAACAGCAUCCUCAAUUCCACCUUAAACCGUACAGUUUCUUCCACGGCUCCAGCUUUGAAUCCAGUGUAUGAUACAUUUUUAAUUAUUCAAGCUUUAGUAAUUAUCGCCAUUAACGGUCUUGUGAUCUUUUUAUUCAUCUGGAAACCAUUUCUUAAAGAAAUUACAAAUUAUUUCCUCGUUAGUUUGGCUAUAAGCGAUGGGCUCACAGGACUUGUGGUUAUACCACUGUACUAUGCUUGUUUUUUAACGGGUCAUGUUGUUGAGAUCUGUUUCAGCUUCGACAUGGUGCAUCGCAUGACGGCAUUUUCAACCGUUUAUCAUUUGCUGCUUAUAACCUGCGACCGUUACGUGGCUAUUACCCGACCGUUUCGACAUAGCAGUACUUUCACAUCAACUGUUGGUUAUCUUCUCCUGACUGUCGUUUGGAGUGCGGCCUUGUUUCUUCCUUUGAUCCAACUUGCCUGGUACGAUCCAUACAACCUAAAGAAAUCAAGCAUGAAGGCGCAACGGUAUGAGCUACACUACAAUAUUACAUGCGCUGUGAUCGCCUUUCUGGUUCCUGUUGUCAUUAUGAUCCUAGCUUAUGCCGAAAUGCUGCGCAUCGUAACACGACAUGCUCGUGCCAUCGAAGCAACAUCUCGACAACAGCAAGCUCUUACUAAAGAGAAACGUGCGAUGGUAAUCUUCGCUUCAAUGCUCUUGGUCUACAUCGUGUGUUGGUUCACAUUCUUCUUCUCAUCACUUGCCCAAGAUCUGGCCCCGAAUUUCCUGCAUGUUCCUGAAUACGUCUACCUCAUCUUGUUUUUUCUCCGCUUCUGUACAUCGAUAAUCAAUCCAAUUCUCUAUGUUUUCUUCAAAACCGAUUUCAAGAAGGCCUUGCGUGAAAUCGUCACUCAAUACAAAUGUAGCGCAAGCACUGUCACCGGUUUCCUGCUUCAAAAUCAUUCAGUUUCUAACAACGAAGAGGACGAUAGCAGUUCGCCGCGAGCACCAAUGCGACAAUACACCUCAAGAACUCGCAAUUGAACUGAAAGAUUGGAAUAAUUUGCAGUUAAGUGUGCCCAGAAAUUUCACACGUCUGAGACUUAAUCGUUCGCUAAAGACCUAGCGGAAAGAUAUGGCAUGCCACAUAAAAAUAGCGGUUUAUUGGCAAGCUAUUAGUUAUAUUUGUAAAUAUCACGAGAGUUGGAGGGUUUAGGGAAGCUUUGUGCAGCGAAUGAUGAUCAAACUAUGAUUUAAGCACAGGAAGAGAUGCAUUUUUCUCACAUUCUUGCCUUUUAUAACAAACGAAAUUUGAAAAUCCUCUUCCUUGUUUUAACAAAGUUGAUCAUGGUCUGUUGUGUUGUCUCGCUUAUUGCAACCCCCCUGACAAUUAACGAGAUAAAUUAAUAAUUUUUUGGUAUAAAAAGACUCGUGCCAACCAAGUUAUUAUCGUAUGUAUAGACGAAGGCUAUUAUUAUAUCCCUUUGGCCGGUUUCCCAAUUUUUUUUAUUAUCUGUCUUGUCAAUUCGGUGUUUUUUUCGAGUUGAUUUUAGAAAUGUUCAGGAAGAACCGACAAACAUAUUUGUUUAUCCAACAGAAUUUCCUAGCGUAAAGUCAAAUCAAGCGAUCAUUCGGUUAGAAUGUAUACUGUGAUAUCGUUCUAUGCUGAUUUACUAGCAAAUGAAACUUGGGUCAAAUAUGUGUUGUACGGCUAUAAAUGAUAAUUUCAUAUAUAUGUAUAUAAAAUAGAGAGCAUUGUAGCUCAGAUUUAAAACAGUAAUAAUCGUAAGUAGUCGCCAUACGAACAGAUAUUCGCGUUAAAAUUGCCAGUUAUCUUUGUUAUUUUGAACAUAUGGCAACAAUUUGUAGAUUCAUUAACAUAUUCUGCGCGUUGUUAGGAACACGCGCGCAUGUUAAGAAUAUUUAGUAGUAAUACAAGU